AAUAUUUAAAUAAAAUUUAUUUUUUAAUGAGUUUAAUUGUUUGUGUUUUCGUUUAAAAUUUACAUGCAAAUGUGACAGUUUUUCUAGAUCGCUUCUUUUAUCUGAUAUCUGAUUGUUGGACUCAUGUCAGAAUUUAUAUUUUUAUAUGGAAUGGGUAACUCUGAACCUCAGUACUCCACUACCAGAGAACGUAUAUAUGAUAUACGUUCUCUGUUUGAAGAAGAAAGAAAAACAGAUGAAUGCCAGAAAAAUAGAGCAAAGAAGAAAAAAAUUUUAAAAUUUAACAACGGCGGUUGUUUAAAGACUAGCAUCAAUAUUUACAAAGGAAAAAUAUUUAAUCCAUGAGUGAUAAAAAGCGCAAAUUCGGAAAUUUCUUAUCAACAGUUUAUACCUUGUCGAAAAAAUAAUAAUUUGAAUUCUUUGCUUACAAUCACUAUUCGUUUCGUUUUGACAUAGCUUUUCGCAAUUUCGUAUUCUAUUAUUUUUAAUUAAUAAGUUUUUGAUCCAUACCAAGUUCCUAUAUAACUCUGGAUCAAAAAAAAAAAAAAUCGUAUAUACAAUGUAUAGCUGCAGAUGUCGCAAAAAAUAAUUUUAAUAAAUUUACCAGUGAGAUUGUUGUCAUAGCAUUGUUAAAAAUAUUGGUUUUAUUGAUUUUCGGAAAUAAAAAUUAAAUUGAAUUGGGGAAUAUUUUGAAUUAAAAACGCAAAAUGUUUGGUGGCUUUCGGUGCACGGUCCCGGCUGAUGCCGAUCGUAAAGUAGAUACAUCCAAUAACCUUUUUAUAGAGACAGUAAUGGAGCAGGAGCGCCGUGUAAAGGAUUUAAAGGCUCAGGAAAUACAAAUGACAGCCGAGAACCCACGCAUACGCGCUCAGCAAGAAACGACAGAUAUUUCAAUAGAACUAAAAGCACAAAAAGUUGAAGAUUUCCUAGAUAAAAAACGACGACAACAACUUCGUCAAAAUAACUUAGAUCUGCGGCAGUUAGAAAAACAGUUGAAAGCAGCAUUUAUCUCAAAACAACUUGCAGAGCAGAAGGUCGCAACCGACAAACUGAAGCUGGAGCAAAUGAAAAAGAAACGUUUGGAGGACGUUGAGUUUGAUGCGGAGCAAAAGCGUUGCAAAGAGGCACUAGUGGAAAUAGAAAAAAAAGAAUUAAAAAAGAAACAAGAAUUCCGCAACAUUCUCCUAGGUCAAAUGGAGGAAUCCCAAGAACGACGAAAAAUGGAGUAUACUGAAGUUUUAAAAGAUCGGGAUGAGAUGCAAAAACUAUUACAAAAGUACAAAGCAGACCACGAAGCUGAGUUAUUAGAAAUUGAGCGAAGAAAGGAAAAUGCCAAAAAGGAAAUGGACGAGUUCAAAAGACUACAAGACGCUCUUAAAUUAGAAAAUAUGGCUCAAAAGAUGGAUGAAGUGGAACGAUUCCAGGCGAUGAUGAAGGAACGGGAAGAGAAGAAUUUGCAAACCAAAUUAGAAAGAGAAGCUGAAACCCAAAGGAGGGCAGAAUUAAGUGAUAGAAUUGGACAACAGUUGUAUAAUGUUGAAAGCGAAAAACGAAAACGUGAAAAUCUUUUGUUGGAUUUAUUGGUUGAGGAACGAAAUACAAAUGAAGACAUAAGAUAUAAACAAAAUCUAGAAAAGCAAUGGAAUGAUCGCUUACAAAUGCGUAGGGAGUUUGAGCGCUAUCGUGCUGAACGAGAUCGUCGUAAACUUGAGCAAGAGAAAAAUGAGGAUGCUAUAUUCCUUGCUGAUAUGCGAAAACAGUUGGCAGAACGCGAUAAGUUAGAUCAAUUGGCGGAUGAAAAACGCCGUCAAAAAAUAAGAGAACAUGGUCGGGCAAUACAGGAAAUGAUUGAGUUGCGCCGACGACAGCGCGCCAUUGAUGCUGCUGAAGAGAUUAAGUGGCAUGAUUAUUUAUUAAGUGAAGAACGGAAACAAUUGAAAAUGGUUGAAGACGAACGCCUACAAAUGCUGAAAAGUGCUCCAGUCGAUGUGUUGCGGUACCUUCCUUCUGGUGUGUUAAAGGAAACAGAUCGAAAAAUUCUUGGUCUUCCCAAUCAGGGAAAAAAAGCCUGAUUUAUCCGCAUUAGUGUUCAAAUAUUGUACCUGUUUUGGUUUCAAAUGAAAUUAAUUUAUACAUUCUAUUUCAUUAAAUUCUUUUCUACAUAUCAAUUAGAGAA